AUGGGGAGAAAAAGGCGAAUUGUGAAUGAAAUUCCUAGUGAUUCAGAGUCUGUUGAUGGGUUGUGCGAUUCUAAUGAUGAAGAUGAGGUAUUGGAUCGCAGAGUAGAUCAUGUUGCCCCUUCAAUCAACAAUCUUCUCGAAGAUGAGGCACACGAAGAAGAAAUUGACGACGAAACAACCACUACAGAUUCAAAUAAAAGUGAAAUUUGGAGAUCGACGAGUAUUCCAAAGACUGAUUUACCUUUCAGUAGGAGUCACGGACCCAUCAUCCCUGACUCCGCGUCUUCUCCAAAGGAUAUAUUUCUUUGUUUGUUCCCUGAGUCUCUAUUAGAUGUUAUUAUAGAGCAAACAAAUUUGUUUAUUUCUCAAAAGAAGUCAAAAGGAGAUCUUAUCACCAAAGAUGAGUUGAAAAUUUUCAUAGCGAUCAAUAUCCAUAUGGAACCAGCAAAAGGAGAUCCAGAAUACGAUAAAUUGUAUAAACUAAGACCUCUUCUCGACACUCUUUCUGAAACAUUCAGAGAAUGCUGGAAACCAAGCCAUCACCAAGCUAUUGAUGAAUCAAUGAUCAAGUUCAAGGGGAGGAGUAGCAUGAAACAAUAUAUGCCAGCCAAGCCAACUAAACGUGGUUACAAAGAUUGGACCCGAGCAGAUGAAUCGGGAUUUGUUUGUCAAUUUCAGAUCUACACAGGCAAAACAGAUAGUCCUGAAAAACAAUUAGGAGCACGUGUGGUUCGUGAUCUUACACGUGACUUUGUUGGUCAUAAUCACCAGGUGUAUUUUGAUAAUUUUUUCACAGGAGUAGAGCUUCUAAUAUCUCUAAAACAGGAUAACAUCCUUGCAUGUGGCACAGUACGAUCUAAUCGCGCGAAUCUCCCCAAAAGUGAUAAGUCUGAUAAAAAAAUGGUUAUUGGAGAGUACGAAUACAAGACCUCGACAUCAGGACUCACAUGGAUAAAGUGGAUGGAUAAGAAACCAGUAUACUUUUUAUCCAAUUUUCACGACCCUACCGAAGUAACUGUUGAGAAUCGGAGGCAAAAAGAUGGUACUCUAACUCCUGUCAACAGUCCUGUCUUGUGUUCAGACUAUAACACACACAUGGGAUAUGUAUACAAUGCGGAUCGUGCAAUAUCUACUUACCAGAUUGAUCGUAAGUCCAAAAAAUGGUGGUUUAGAAUUUUUUGGCACUUCAUCGAUCUCUGCAUAUAUAACGGAUUCAUUUUGUACAAGGAAAAACAAAUCAAACCACUUUUGUCAUUGAAAAAAUUCCGAAUGAGAUUGGUAGAACAAUUGGUGGUACAUAAGAUCCCAACUCCAAAAGGUAGGAAAAGAACGGCACCAAAUACUCCAAGCCAUGCAAAAAUCAAAGUACCUGAUGAAAAGAGACUUUCUAAUGCUGCUCACAUGCCACAAGUCUCAGAUACAUAUAAAAGAUGUAACCACUGUUCUACAAGAGAUAAGCCACAGAAGACGAGAUGGAUUUGUAGUACUUGUAAUGUUCCUCUGUGUCUUUUACCGGAAAGAAAUUGUUUUCAAAAACAUCACAUAUAG